UCCCUCCCUCUCUUUUGUGAGGCUAAAGUACACCGCUGGACCGCUAAAACUGCGCGACGACCGUAGCUCGAGUCAUUCGUGUCCUGUUUAUAGUUCAGUAGACGUCGAGUUCAGAUCUCCUCGACUCUCCGCAGUGUUUCAUUUUUUGAUCGCACGCACGCACACACGGACGUUGGGAGUAGUUCGAAAAACCAACCAACCAGCAAGCAAGUAGAUCUCUAGUAGAUCGAAACGUCAGACCAGCCCCUUUUUCUGACUGGGACCAGGAUAUUAUAUUAUUGUUAAUUCCUCUACAACCCCUCAGCUGGCUUCUUGUGUGAAAUUCGGGAGUUUUUAUUCGGUUUUACAAUCGCACAGUGUUGGAUCUUUUCUGGAGUACCUCAAUUCUAAAGAACUGAUCAAGUGAAAGCUACAGACGAAGAGACACGCUCCUGGUGAAUCUGUUCGUCUCAGUAUUAUUACGAUUACAGCACUUGGAAAGGAAAUUAUAACAACGUUCUUUGUUACAACAAGAGCUCAGGCCUACUUUUUUCCCGUGGUAUCCCGUUCUGGUCAGAUGAAAUCUACAGCGGGAAACAGUUUUUCUGUUUUCUUUUACCCCCGUUCUUACAUCUUCCCCGUUCUCGCUCUGUACACGGCAGCCACCAAUCUUCAUGAACUUUUUCAAGUCUCUCUUCUUACAAGAUGAGCACUUUGUGCUGACACGCAAAAAAGAGCGAAUCGUCCGCUUACAAGAGUGGCCUUUCUCUUCUUUCGCCGCGAAAUUCGUCAGUGAGCACCUCGCUGACGAGAAGAAAAGGAAGAAGAAGAAGAAGGAGGAAAAAGUGUCCACCAAAGCCGAGGGGCGAUCGAUGAUGGAAUUCAUGUAUUGCAUCCCAGACCUGGAGGUGUUUAUCGACAAGACCAUCAAGAAGUGCCUCUUGGAGUACGACCUAGACUCCAAGGACACAGAGGCGCUUCUCGAUGACUUGGAGAAGACUUGGCCCGACAGUCCCAAUCAGAAAGCUCGCCCGCUCGAUAAAACCGCCCUGAAAGAUUGCAACGAUAAUACGACGACGACGAAGUACGAUAAGGGGCGUGGCUUAACGGGUCACGUGACGACUACCGCUGGUGCUACUGGUGGUGGUGGUGGUGAUGACUUCAGUCAUGACGUGAAGACAGAAGGCUGGAGUUUGAAAACUCAGAUAAAACAGGAGAACUUGGUUACUGUUGGUGAUGUUGGAGGGAAAACCGUUGGACAAGAGGUGGAUGAUGACGUAAAACCACCAGAACGGAAGUAUUCUAGACUCUCAAGCCAGAGUGACGUCAUUUCUGGUCCCCCGGCAGAUGCCGGCCAGGACUUUGAUGGUGGAGUGUGUAGAGUGUCAGAGAGACAGGAGAGGGGCAGCAGCUCGAGCCCUGAGCUUGGAGACGGGAAAAAUCUCUCCAGCCGACAUCCCAAGCUCAAGUCUCGGCUCCAGCAGCGCUACUUUGAAGGGAAGCAGGACGUUGGGAAGGGGGUGCCUGACAACAACAGCCACAGCAACAGCAACAGCACGGCCAACGGUGACAGCGAGCAGGAGGGGUCAGAGGUCGACCACAUGAAGUCCGGCAACCUUGACCUUCUUGCGCGGGCGGCCAACCUCCACACGACGGCCUCGGAACAACGGAAGUUGUUGGAAGAGAGGUCAAGAGGAGCCCACGGCGUCAGGCGUCUCCAUAGCGACAGUGAGGGCAAGGAGGAGUUCGAGGGGGUGGAGGAGGAUGAGUUGGUUGCUGGCUUGCCGCCCCCUGAUAUGCCGGUUCUGAUCCGACAAGACGCCUUGAUGUCCCCUGUCGGUGUUGUUGACUCGUCUCUAAUCACGGACGACGGUAGGGACCUCCGGGCCCACCAUCACGACUCGAACUCAAACCAAUCGGUUAAUCUAAGUCAUAAGAACAGUGCGCGAGAGUCGUCGCCGCCCAACCAUUACAGAAAUGGAGACAAUCGUGGUGAGAUUUUCGCGAACAGUUUCCCGCAUUUUAUGCCUUCCGGGAAAGCAUCGGCGAGAAACGUUGUGGCUCAUCCCACCAGGAAGAUGGGACUUCUUGAAGAGGAGUUACUGAAGACGGAUUCGAACCUGGAACAGCGUGCACGUGUGCUGUUGCAGCACUACCAGAACGGGUACCACGCCGCCAGAGAGUCUGUGGUUCGGGAGAUGUCUCUGAGCGAGUCGGAAGACAUUGCUAAUGGAGCCGUUUUGUCGGCUCGGGGGGAAGGGGAGAAUGGCAAGCCAAAACGGGCUCCCAUCUCCGCCCAAGAACUGAUUAAAAUCAGAGCGGCUGAGAAUCUGCUCCGCCAACAUUAUCAAAACAACAACAGCAGCAACAACAGCAGUGGUAUAAACGGCUACAGCAGCAGCAACGGCCACCACCACCACGAGCAGCACAACUCCGAGCCACGCCGUCACCAGAACGAAAGCGGGCAUCGUGUAAACGGACGCGGAUCCCCCAGUCCUCCAGGUUCAAUCCGCCAUCAUCUUGGUAGCCACCCCCACAAACAGCAACAACAACAGCAGCUGCAACAACAGCAGCAACAGCAACAGCGCCAUCCCCAGCACCACAUGGCGAUCCAUCAAAACCAGCAGUCGCGGGUUCUCCAACAGCACGGUGAAAGUGGUCUUCUCUCCUCCAGACGGGAAGGAGGUUCUCAACGCUCACAUAUCGGCCAGCAUCGUGACAUCUACAACCACCACCACCACCCGACCAGAUUCGGACCCACACGAUCUCAACCCAUCUCAUCUCAGAGCUCGCGAAUCGCCAGCAUCAUCGCCGAAGAACUUCAGAAAGAAGACUCGGACUGUGAUCACGACCGUGGCACGUGCAAAAAUGUUCCCUUUAUUCACCGCAUCAUGAGUGAAGAAACAGCCUCCGCACGCCCGGCUGUCUACCGCGGACGGCGCAGGUCCAGGACUAGCAGCGCCACCCAGGGCAACAUGCCCGCCUCUCAGCUGCGACAAAGUAGGUCGCCUCUCUCACCACCAGCCGCCGUCGCCACUUACGCAACGAACAAUACUAUUGUAGAAAGAGUGGCUCGGAACUAUCUGAACGAGGGACAGAUCGAGAGUUUGUUGAGAUCUCAAAUCACGUCACAGGCUGAGCCUGGGCAAGUCAAAAGUCACCACCAACACAACCACCAUCGCCAUCAUCAUCAUCAUCAUCAUCAACCUAACGGUCAUCAUCAUGAUGACCAUCACCAACAGCACCGUGAGCCAUCCACAAACGCCAACGUCCCCUCCUUCCUAACGCACGCUCACUCCGCCAAAGUCCUCGUACCCUCCCACUUACGUCAUCAGAACGGAUUAACUCCUAACGUACGUGACGUCAUACCAGAUGACGAGCAACCUGAAGACCUCAGUCUCAAAUCCCGGAAGCGGAAGUUAAACGAAAUAGAGGAGACAGACGCCCAAAUCCUCCGCUCUUCGUAUUUCUUAGGGUCGAACCCCGACUCCCCGGUCAGCGAGCCCAGCAGCAGAGGAUACUUCUCCAGCCCCACUUCCCCUUUGACCUCUGUGGCCUCGUCCCCGACGCUCCUCAUUGGCUCCCCUCACUCCCGGAAGUCAGCGUCGCCUAGCAACUCAGACCGCGAGUGCGACUACACCACGACCAGCGACCUUCCCCGGAGCGUCCUCAAAGCCUCGGGUCACUGGGAGAAGAGGGGUCACGUUCACGGCCUUGACCUAGCUCACACCGUCGCCAUUGACAAUAAAAUCCUCGCUGAGAAGAGACGGUUGGAAGCUUUGGCCAGAUGGUCGAACACGAGAGACAAUGAAAUGGACCUUCACUGAAGAACUUCAUUCAUGUGUUUUUCUACUGUAUUAUUAUUAAUAAUACUAGUAUUUUUAUGAUUAAUUUUGUUAUUAUUAUUAUUAUGCAGCCUACACUCCUUCUUUGGUCUGUUUUGUCGGACGGACGCAAUCAAAUUGGAAGAGACAGUAGUAGACUGGUUUGACGAAGACCCAUCAAGUCAUUAAAAUACAUUAAAUACUUUAUUCCAGAAUCGCCUUUGUGCGUACGUCACUGGCUCAGGGCUCUCCUAUGGAUAGAGUUAGAGUCAUGUGUCGUGCGUCUAUGGUUGAUUCGGUUCUAUUCUUGCCCCAUUGUUUGAAUAUUGAUAAAUAAUGAUGAUGAAUACACAAAUAAGUUUGUGAAGACUAAAACA